AUGCGUUCUACCGCCUUCGCUUUGGCCGCCGUCGCUGGCCUGGCUGCUGCUGCCCCCAAGCCCCAGGACCUCGACUUCUCUCUUCUGGACGCCGCUCCUGAGGUCGCCACUGGCCCUACCGGUGUCGUCGUUGUUGACGAGGCUUCUAUUGCCAGCACCGUCGCUGUCAGCACUGUUGCUACUGCUAGCUCUACUGCCACCAGCGCUGCUAAGCGUGACCUCGAGAAGCGUACUUUCGGUCUCUUUAACCCUUUCUACUUCUACAAGGGUCUCGAGUGUGAGAUCUUCCACAACUGCGGUAGCCAGGGCGGCUACAAGCAGGGCAGCUCUCAGCAGGGCUGGGGCUGUGGUAAGCCUACCCAGACCAAGGCUACCUGGUCCCUGAUCACCACCCAGGCUCCUCCUACUAGCCUCCCCGCCUACAGCUACUCAACAACCGCUCCCCAGAGCUCCACCACUGUUGACGCUGUCACUGGCUCCUCAUCUGCUGCUGUUUCGACCUCCAGCUCGGUUGCUGUCACCACCACUCAGGUUCCCAGCACUACCAACGAUGCUAGCGCCCCCUGCCCUACCACACCCGAGGAGGGCACUUUCUGUGGCUUUAUAAACCCCGAGGACGCCUGUUACGGUCCUCAGGUCCAGCCCGACACUGUUGACGCUUUCAUGUCUUACUCUGCUUUCCACUCCAUGGCAUCUGCUGCCCCUACUGUUGUCCCCAGCUCGGACAAGACUCAGUACACUCAGGUCUUCAAGGACCUUGACGCUGCCGUCUCUGCCAACUCCUACAUUGGUCUCUACACCUUGACCUCUUACAACCCUCAGGACUGCGCCGCCAAGUGCGACGACACCGACCUCUGCACUUCGUUCAACAUCUACAUUGAGCGUGAUCCCAGCCUUGCACCUGCCAACAACGACAACACCACCUACACUCCCUGGGAGACCUACUGCCCUAACCCCUCGUCCAUCACCAACUACAAGUGCACUCUGUGGGGAUCUACUCUCUCUGCCGAUGUUGCCACCAACAAGGGUGACUACCGUGAGCAGUUCCAGACCGUCAUCACUGGUUCCAACGCAUACGACAAGACCAACGUCACUACUCCUACAUGCGCUGUUCCUGAUGUUCCUGCCACCACUUCCUCCGCUGUCUCUACUGCCGAUGCUGUCUCGCCCACCAAGCCCGCUGGACCUCCCGCACCUCCCGGUGGCCCCAAGCCUGCUGGCCCUCCUGCCCCUCCCGCCGGUGGACCUGGUCCUAAGCCCGCUGGACCUCCCGCUCCUCCCGCCAAGAAGCCCACCUUGAAGCCCGGUCAGAACUGCGGUCCCAAGGCCAUCUCCGCCCCCAAGUACCACAUGGGCAGCAAGUUCAUCCCCGGUCCCUUCAACGCCCAGGUCUGCGCCAACUACGCCAUUGAGCAGAACAACUUCAACCGCAACGCCGCCGUCAAGGCCGGCAAGCGCAGCUUCACCCCUUGCGCCAUGUUCAACUCUUACUUCUUGCACAAGGACAACAAGCCCUACGGUACUUACUGCUCGCUGUACGGUGCUGCUCUUGACCACAAGAAGUACGCCACUUUCGGUGGCAGUGGUUCUUACAAGACCCACCAGUCUUGGACUUUCGAGUUCGAGUACGAUGUUAACUACUCCAAGUGUUAA